AUGCAAAAAAAAACUUGUUCUGUAGCGUGCAUUAAGGCCCACAAGCUUCAAGAUAACUGUACCGGGACUGCCGAUGGGGCAACCAGCUAUUUACCACGAGAAGACCUGAGGGCCGCUGACACUCCUGAUGAGACUAACGUUCUAGUGCAUCGAGACUAUAAUUUUCUAAUGGGGAUGAACAGGCAGUUGGAACUGCUGAAACGCGAUGGGAAAGCGAAAAACAAGCGAGCGCUUGCUCCUUCGCAAGGCUACAACAAUCCAGCACAUCAGAGAAAGCGACAACAAUACGAAUUGCAGUCUCAAGUGAUAAGAAGAGGUGUUCGCUGUGCCCUGCUACCCAAGGGAAUGCAGAGAGCAGCUCAAAACAAAAGUAAAUGGGACAAAAGCUUGGACUUAUUUGUAUGGUCUAUCGAAUGGUGCGUAUUCUCUCCGCAGGGAGCAAUCGAGAUUCACCAUACAAGUCACAGAAAUAAAGAAACAGACUCUCUUGCCGAAUGCAUAGGGAAAUGGGUUGAGGGAAAAUGCAACGAUAUCUUUAGUGUUGGACAGACAGAGGCUGAUGACGCCAACAAUGUGCCAGGCUCUCUGGUUCAGUCCAAUAGUGAAAAGGUUGAAGUAGUUACUGGAACGGAAGGCUCAAAUGUGCAGAGUGUUGGAGUACCGGAUGAGAAAACACAAAGCGAAAUUAACUGCACAGUCUCAAGUGCUCCUCAAAGCCCACAGAACGUGCAAGCAAAUAUCAAACAAGCGAAAUUGAACUGGAUCUCAUCACUCAAUCUUCAAUUCUACAUUAAAUGGUUCCCACAAGACUCAGAUGUAUUCAAAGAUCCCAAAAAGCUAGUUCCAUUGGACCCUACGAAAAGUAUAGGUGAGCUAUUCAGAGAUAAAAUGGUGGUGGAAUAUCCUACAGUUUACAUCUCGCAAACUAACUCUCCUCUUGGAGAUGGUUUCACACUGCUAAAGCAGAACGCUGAAAAUGGGACUGAGAGUCAGUCAGACUCCGAAAGUGUAGACUCAACCAGUAAUUCUGACGAAGAAUCGGAUAGCAGCUCAUCAAGUGACUCCGAUGAAGGGCCGCCCGAAACUUCAAGCAAAAUCACUCACGUUACAGAAAAGGUCUUGAAUCCAAAACCAUCGAUCGAGCAUAAUACAAAGCUUGUUCAGAGUGCCGUCGAUGAUGAAGGUGACGACGACGAUGAAGACGACUACACACCUGGAAUAUCCUUGGAUUUCCUAGCAGACUGA